UUAAGACCAUCAUCAAUUAAAUAUACAAUUUAUUUAGGAAAAUACUCUUUCGAGAGUAAAUUAAAUACUCUCCAAUUGAUCAUAAGUACUGAAGUAUCAUCAAACAAAAAUGACAUUUGCUCCAAUAAAGAAUUAGAUCCUUCAAAUGACAAUAAUCAAGACUCACUAUUAUCGGAAGACUACUUAAAAAUAUCUCUUGGCCAUCUAUAUUUAUAUGGUAGGUUCAUUAAAAGAGCUUUGAUAAAUAAUAUAACCCCAACAUUGAUAUCAAAUAAAAUGCUAAAUGAAACAAUGGAAAAGGACUCUAACAAUAAAGCAAACUCAUAUAUUGCCAUACAAAUACCAUACUAUACAGAAUCCAUAGUAAUUGAUCCAGACUUUUCUAUUUUAUUAGAUAACACACCAAAAUCCACAGGAAUUUGUUCAACAAAUUCUAGCAAACUUUCAACAAAUAAAAUAAUUGGUAUAGUUUUGGGAUCUGUUGGAUUGGCUAUUGUUAUUAUCUUAUCAACUUUAUAUAUAUUAUAUAAAAGAAAACAAAAAGCAACUUUACAAAACAAAAUAAAAAAUAUUCAAAUGGAUCAAAGAUAA